UUAGCACUGCUGAAAUCCAACAGAUACUGUAAGCAUUCAGAACAACUUUAAGAGGCUUCCUGGACAUAACACUACUACUUCUGCAAAUUUUAAUGUCACACGGAUGCCUGAAAACCUUCACAGACAGACAGCUUCAGCUGUGUGCUAUUAAAAGCACAGAAAUCUCAAAGGUCCUUCUGGUGGAGACGCUCUUCAGUGUUUCAGACCUGAGCUGUUUGUAGAGCUGUGGACAGAGUUUGCAAAUGAUAAUAAUUUAACCAGGACAAACAAGGAAAAAGUCUCAAACUUCAGCCUUCAUUGCAAUUUUUAUUUAGGUCUUUCAGGAGUCCCAAAUGUCCACAGUCUUGUUGCUAUCUGUUGUGGUGUUGGUGGCAGCAGGAAUAUUCCAUCUGUACCAUGUGAUACUGCAACUGCUGCACAAAACACCUGUGCAAAACAAAGUCGUGCUAAUAACUGAUUCAUUAUCAGCUCUUGGGAAUGAGUGUGCAAAACUCUUCCAUAAACGGGGCGCCCGGCUGAUCCUUUGUGGAAAGGACUGGGAAAAGCUUGAAGCUCUUGCACAACAGAUGGUCAAUGAAUCAGAUCCCAUUUUAACAUUCCCACCCAAGUUAAUAGAGCUGGACUUCACAGACAUGGAGACUUUGCCAGAUGUGGUUUCAGAUGUACUUGACUGUUAUGGCUACCUGGAUAUGCUCAUCAUCAACAGCAGCCUGAAAGUGAAGGCACCUGCACAGUCUCUGUCUCUGGAAAUGGACAAGAUGGUUAUGGAUGUGAACUACUUUGGACCAAUUACACUGACCAAAGGUGUUCUUCCCUCAAUGAUCUCCAGAAGGUCUGGACACAUUCUCCUGGUUAAUAGCAUUCAGGGAAAACUGGCUGUUCCCUUCCGAACAACUUAUGCCGCCUCCAAACAUGCUGUACAGGCUUUCUUCGAUUGCUUAAGAGCUGAGGUGCAAGAGUCUGGCAUCUCUGUUAGUACCAUCAAUCAUACCUUCAUAAAUGCUGCUCCCACAACACACCAUACCACCUCAAGCAAUUCCAUCCUGUCAGUCCUAACAGGACAGGGAUAUCAAGGUGUUUCACCAGAGAUGAUGGCCAAUGCAAUACUGCAAGCUUUGGGCAGUAAGCAGAAGGAAAUCAUCAUGUCUCACUUCAUCUCAAAAGCAGCUAUUUACACUCGCUCUCUCUUUCCCAACUUCUUUUUUGCUGUUAUGGCAGCAGGGGUAAGAAAUCGUGCAGGUGUGGAGCCAGUGCAGUAAAAUGCAAACUUUUUCUGCAUAUUUUCUGGUGACAUAAUGAAAAAAUACAAUUAAAUGCCAAAAUCAGCAUACUAUUCACAGUGCAAAAGUUAAUUGUAGUAAAACAAUUAGAUCUGUUUCUGAAUGUCAUAAAAUGAAAUUGUGGUAUUUUUCUAUGCUUUCCUUCUAAUGACCAGUCUUUAAAUAUUUUUUUCCAUUUGUUAAUGGAUUACUGUAAGCCUAUGGGUUUUUUUUCCUCUCUUCUGAAUUAAGAUUUUCAUUGUUGGUCAUGGUUGAAGCAGUUUGACAUAUUUUAAUUACCUUCUCACUCACUCAUAAUCUAUACCGCUUUAUCCUGUAUACACUGACACUAGACGGGGUGCCAAUCCAGUGCAGGGCACACACAUACGGGCAUUUUGGGAAUGCCAUUUAAAGUAAUCUGUAUCCUUGGAUUGCGGGAGAUUAGAUUCAAUUAGAUUAGAUUCAAUUUUCUUGUCAUUGUGCAGAGUACAUGUAUGUAGCCAAUGAAAUGCAGUUAGCAUCUAACCAAAAGUGCACAAGUGGCCUAUUUACAAUAAAUACAAUGUGUUUUACAAACAGAAGAUUCAUUUAGUAAUAAAGUUAUGGUACAGUAUAUACAGUAUAGUGAUAUAGUAAUGUACAGUAUAACAUGUACACUGUACAACAUUGUGCAGUGAAUGUGCUAUAGUAAACAUAAGGUGCAUUAGGUAAUAAAGAUGUGGAAUAUA